UAAUGCCGGCCCAUCCCUACGCAUUGAGGCGACCUCGGGACGACCGCCGGGGACGAAACCUGUGGCCCCCUUCACCAUACGUCCACCCGCUUAAUCUUCUGUCCCCACGCCCUUCUUCGAUGACUGCGAUGUUCACUUCUGCCUUAUAACAUCCAAACUCCUGUAUGAACGAUCUGCUCUGCUCUGCUCUGCUCUUGUUUUCUCCUCUCGUUUCAUCAAUGGAUUCCUGUGCGCUCUCAUUGGGCCAGGGCCAAAUGCUGCGAUGUGAUCAUCACAACGGCCUCUUUACCCGGGGGAUCGGGGUUCGAGUCCUUCAGCAAUCUACAUCAGCUUCGCUAAUUGUAAUGGCUGCAACCUUUAAAUUGCGCAGGGGAAGGAAACAUAAGAGAGAGGUUGAGUAUCCCUGGCCAGAUAAAAUUCCCGUUGAUGACAGUGGAACGCAUCCUUUCACCUACGUUAACAGAUUUAAACCUCUCUCAAAGCCGCCGAAGAAAGUUCUUCUGCCUUUUGAGAGGCCGCUUGCCGAAGUGCAGAGGAAAAUUGAAGAGGUUAAAAAAAUGCAGAAGGAAACUGGCUUACAAUUUGAACGUUAUAUUAAUAUUUUGGAGAUUCAGUACAAUGAGAUCAUGCAAGAAAUAUAUUCGAGUUUGACCCCAUUUCAGCGUCUAAGUGUUGCACGACAUCCCAACAGGCCUACUUGUCUUGAACAUGUGUCAAACAUUAGCGAUAAGUGGCUGGAACUGCAUGGAGAUCGUGCUGGAUAUGAUGAUCCAGCUAUUGUCACUGGUAUUGGAAGCAUGGAUGGGAUGAGCUUCAUGUUUAUUGGACACCAGAAAGGCCGAAAUACAAAGGAAAAUAUUCAUCGGAACUUUGGCAUGCCAACUCCACAUGGCUAUAGAAAGGCUUUACGAAUAAUGCUCGAGGCUAAUCAAUUUGGUCUUCCUAUCAUUACAUUUGUUGAUACUCCUGGCGCAUAUGCAGACAUUGAGUCUGAGCGGAAAGGACAAGGGGAAGCAAUAGCACAGAAUUUGAGAUCAUCAUUUGGCUUACGAGUUCCAUUUAUAUCAGUUGUGAUUGGAGAAGGAGGUUCAGGUGGAGCACUGGCUAUUGGGACUGCUAAUAGGAUGCUCAUGCUAGAAAAUUCAGUGUACUUUGUUGCAAGUCCUGAGGCAGCUGCUGCAAUCCUGUAUAAAUCAGCUAAAGCUGCUCCAAAGGCAGCCGUGAGGUUGAAGAUUACAGCUGAAGAACUCCGCGAAUUUGGAAUAGCUGAUGAAGUUAUUCCUGAACCCCUUGGGGGUGCACAUGCUGAUCCAAAGGAAACCUCCAAAAGAAUAAAACAUGCCAUCUUGAGGCACUUGAGGGAACUGAAGUCAAUGAGUCCUGAAAAGCUCAAAGAAGACCGUAAGGCCAAGUUUAUUGGUAUUGGUCAUUGUGAAGACAUAGAACUUGAUGCGGCCAGCACUCGUAACAUGAAGGCGGACGCUGCAUCUAUUUCAGAAUCCACAAAUAAUGCCGAUCCUUCACAACUUAAACCGGAACCAAGUGAUAAUGGUGCAAUUGAUAGCUCAAAUGUGGAGGAGAUUGAAUCGCAAAGGCAACAGUACAUAAAAGUACUAAAUGCAAAUAAACCAAAAGGGUUUUUGCAAAAGCUGAUAAAACAGAUUAUUAAAAAAUGAGGACAUUUUUAGUGCAUCGACUCUUCUCAUUUUGACAUAUGUGUAGUUGUUAGAUGACAUCUUGCUUUCUACGUUGGGUUAACCUUUUGCACCAAUUCAAAGUUGUGUAUUUUUUUGCCAAGGGCUUCUGAAUAACGUAUUCUUGUUAGUAUGAGAAUAAAAAAAUUCAACUAGUACGAAACCUUGACAUUGCUGUAAUUUGAUAUGCAAUUAGUUCGGAUUAUGAGCUAUUAUUGCUGUAUUGCAAUGGUUUGAACUGGAUGUUCGUGUGGGGAAAAGCUUGAGCACAUAUGUAUCCAGGGAUUUAAAAUCCCCGUGUAUCUUUCUUAGGUGGUAAAAAGGUAAUCUAGUCAUUUUAAAAAUGAGUUUCAUUGGUAUGGAUGAUUCAGAGUCAUGGCAGCUGGUUAUUAUUGAGGCUAUAAAUUUAUUUAUUGGCUUGCUUGUAAA